UUCUCAAUCCAAACAUAACUAUAGCUCCAACUCCAGAAAGAAAUUGCGAGAGCCAUGGCAAGAUUGGUCCUUCUCCAGCAGAAACAACCUUCUUUCUCUCUUCUCCCUUCUUCUCUUUCUGAUUUCAACGGCACCAAACUUAACCCUUCCAUCCAAUACAAACGAAAGGUGUUUCAGCACCCUAAAGGAGCACUUCAUGUCUCCGCCGCCAAGAAAAUCCUGAUAAUGGGAGGAACCCGGUUCAUUGGUAUCUUCUUAUCUAGACUGCUUGUCAAAGAAGGCCACCAGGUAACCCUAUUCACAAGAGGAAAAGCACCCAUUACUCAGCAAUUGCCUGGUGAAUCAGACAACGACUUCUCAGAUUUUGCCUCCAAGAUAUUGCAUUUGAAAGGAGACAGAAAAGACUAUGACUUUGUUAAGUCCAGUCUUAGUGCUAAAGGGUAUGAUGUUGUCUAUGAUAUCAACGGAAGGGAGGCUGAAGAAGUGGAACCCAUCUUGGAGGCAUUACCUAAUCUGGAGCAAUACAUAUAUUGUUCUUCAGCUGGUGUCUAUUUGAAGUCUGAUCUUCUACCACAUGUUGAGGUAGAUGCAGUGGAUCCGAAGAGCAGGCACAAAGGAAAGUUGGAGACGGAGAGUUUGCUUCAAUCGAAAGGUGUCAAUUGGACUUCUAUUAGACCUGUCUAUAUCUAUGGACCAUUGAACUACAACCCUGUGGAAGAAUGGUUCUUCCAUCGGUUGAAAGCUGGACGACCAAUUCCAAUUCCAAACUCGGGAAUUCAAGUAACCCAGCUUGGUCAUGUAAAGGAUUUGGCAACAGCUUUCAUUACUGUUCUAGGUAAUGAGAAAGCGUUUAAAGAAGUAUUCAACAUUGCUGGAGAUAGGUAUGUCUCUUUUGAUGGAUUAGCAAAGGCGUGCGCUAAGGCUGGUGGAUUCCCAGAACCCGAAAUCAUUCAUUAUAACCCGAAAGAAUUCGAUUUCGGCAAGAAGAAACCUUUUCCCUUCCGUGACCAGCAUUUCUUUGCAUCGGUGGAGAAGGCCAAGAAUGUAUUGGGAUGGAAGCCAGAGUUUGGCCUGGUUGAAGGUUUGACUGAUUCGUAUGAACUUGAUUUUGGGAGGGGAACAUUCAGGAAAGAGGCUGAUUUCUCAACUGAUGACAUUAUCCUAGGAAAGAGUCUAGUGUUAUCCUAGGCAAGAAUCAAAUCAUCUAUUUCCUCAACCUUAAACUGGAACAAUUAUUUUUUAAAGAUUAUUAUAGCGGUUGCAGCUAA